ACCGUAGUCCACAUGGUUUCAGGUUUGGUAAAUUUCUUAUAAAUUGUUAAAUGCAAUUUCUUUAAUUAAUUAAUACUUUAACUUAAUUCAGUUUUACUUUAAACAAUGUCCAAUUUACUAGAAGUAUUAAUUACUUGUGACUCUAAUAACACAUUAUGGACCUGCAGUAUUUGGGAUUCUCAUACUGGUACGAAUUUAAUGACUUACAAAGGCGGUGGAACUGCUGAAAAUCACACUCUUUCGUUCAUUGGGUGCGACUACGUGGCUGCAGUUGAAAAAACGAAACCUGUUCUUCACGUUUGGCCCUUAAACUCGCAACAAACCGUACAAGGAAUGCGUUUUAUAUUACCAGGCAAAGCUAGCGCUUUUGCAGUCAGUUCCGACGGUUCCUAUUGUGUGGCUGGCAUUGAAGAGAAAAUUUAUCUUUGGCAAAUUUCAUCUGGCAGCCUCCUAACAAUCAUAAAUCGACACUAUCAAAAGGUUAACCUGUUAAAAUUUACUAGCGAUGGUCGUUUCUUCAUAUCAGCAGCUGAAGAUGGGAUGGUAAUGGUAUGGUCACUGGCGACAGUGGCAGCUAAUCCUGAAGUAGAACUUGUGACUCAGACAAUUGCUGGUCAACAUGAUCCAGCUUACAUUUUUUCUGAUCACUCAUUGCCAGUAACAGAUUUGUGUAUAAGUAAAACAGGUAUGCAUGGACGCUUAUUUACCGUAUCUAGUGACAGAUCUUGUAAAGUUUAUGAUUUAACCUGUGGUGAAAUGCUCUUGAAUUUAAUAUUCGAUGAACCAUUAUCGGCAAUAACAUUAGACGUUUUAGAAUUAAAUGCCUUUGUUGGAACAACUGAAGGAAAAAUAAUCCAAUGUAGUCUCACUAAUCCACCUAGAAAUAGAGAUGUGCUGGUUAAUAAUGGAGAAAAUAAUAAUAUAUUUUCAUCUCAUACUAAAGCAGUCACUUGCUUAUCUGUUUCUCUUAAUGGAGAUGUCUUAAUGUCUGGCUCUAAUGAUGAACAAUUAAUAUUAUGGCAUAUAAGAAGCAGACAACCAGUGAGGAUAAUAAGGCAUAAAGGAUCCAUUACUAAUGCGUUUUUCACUACAAAUUAUUGUACAAUUUAUAAACAAGACUUUACACCUGGAAUUUUACUUCACAGUUUAGAAAGAACUUUAGAAAAAAAUAGUGAAAAUGUAUCAGAAAUAGAAGUGCUGGUUAGAAAGGAUACCAAUUUUUGGCCAACUUGCAAUGAUAUUAGUAUAGAUACUACAUAUAAUAGCUUUGCAUCCAAAGAAAUGGAUAUUGUAUGUAAGCAAAAUGAAACCAAACUUAAGGAGGAAUUAGAAAAAAUGAAAUUGAUUAAUUCCAAUUUAUAUGCAUUAUCGAUACAAAAUACUUUAAAAUCAAUACCCAUUGAACUUGAAAAGAAUAAAAAUGUUGCUCACAAAAAGAAAAAAAAUAAAAGACAUUUCAAGUAA